AUGAAGUAUUACGUACCGUAUGAAGAAAUGUAUGAUAAAUUAAAAGAUUUUCAUACCCGAACAGGACAUGGGGGAAAUGUGAAGCUUCGCUUGGCUUUAAUGAAUAAAUACGCGAUUCCAAGACCAGCAAUAGAAGCUUUCCUGUCAACUUGUUUAUCAUGCAACAGUAAAAAACCAGUAAACCGUAAAUUAGUUAUCAAACCCAUAAUAAGUGAAGAUUUUAAUGAAAGGGGGCAAGUCGAUUUAGUGGAUUUUCAAUCAAAUCCUGAUGGUAAAUUUAGAUGGAUUUUAAAUUAUCAAGACCACAGUACAAAGUUUUUAUCCUUACGACCUCUGGAAUCCAAAAGAGCAAUUGAAGUAGCAAGAAAUUUACUUUCAUUAUUCCUCACUUUUGGGGCUCCAAAAAUCUUACAAAGUGAUAACGGUCGAGAAUUUGUCAACGCUAUAAUUACAGAGCUCAAAACUCUGUGGCAUGACUGUGUUAUAGUGCAUGGUCGACCCAGACAUCCCCAAAGUCAAGGUAGUGUAGAACGAAGUAAUCAAGAUAUCGAAAAUAUGUUGAGAGCAUGGAUGGUCGAUAACAAUUCAAAAAAAUGGUCCAUUGGCUUAGAAUUCGUUCAAUUUCAAAAAAAUUGUUUCCAUCAUCGAGUAAUUAAUAGAUCUCCAUAUAAAGCUUUAUUUGAAAGUGACCCGAAAAUAGGUUUAACAACUUCAAAAUUAUCAUCAGAAGUUUUGCAAAAAAUAUCAACUGAAGAGGAUUUACUAAUGUAUAAUGGAUACUCAGACGAUCCACAUUCCACGAUUAAAAUGAUCACUUCACGUUGUAGUCUUUGUGGCAAUGAAGUAAUGGUGGAAAUCAACUCUGCUAGUGCUAUUGUUUGUGAUUUAUGCAAAAAUAAUGAAAAUAUCAUUCAAUCGAGACAACAAGGAUUAAAAGGCUUACAAAAUGCUGCGGAAAAAAUGUUGAAGAUAAGCAACCUUAAAGUUACUCUAUUUCAAGUUGAAGAUUGUGUUAUAGUUCCAGUUCCUAAGGUGGAUAGAGGUCCAUCAGACUGCGAAUAUAAUUGCCAUAGUUACGGAACAAAGAAAUGA